GCGCCGACGAGUGACUACGAAGUUGCCAUCAGCUUGAUAUCAGAACUGCGACGGGCAUCUAAUUUCUUUUCAUCCUUCUCGACAUUAUCAUGGCCGAUUCCGAAUUGCCCGCUCGUCCCAAGCCCGAGGAGACUCCCGCCGCGGAGGCUGGUGAGGGCGGAGAAGGCAAGCUCAGCAAAAGUGCGUUGAAGAAGCUUGCAAAGGACAAGGCGAAGGCAGAGAAGGCAGCUCAACGCGCUGCUCAAGAAAAAGCCCAGGCCGCUGCUGCCGAGGCAAACGACACCGCAAAGGAUUUAUACGGUCCGAUUCCCGAAACCGCGGACGUCCUUCCCAGUACGCAACUCUCCCAGAUCAACGACGAACAUUAUGAAAAGGAAGUCACGGUUGUGGCUCGUGUGGACAAUGCCCGUGCUCAGAGUGCCAAAUUGGCAUUCCUGAUGCUUCGUCAGCAGGGAUUGAAGGUGCAGGCUGUCAUUGCUGCGGCGGAACCCAUCUCGCGACAGAUGGUCAAGUACACUAGUGGUUUGAACGUCAACUCUAUCGUCCAGGUUACUGGUAUUGUUAAGAAGCCCGGGGUUCCGAUCGCGUCCGCCACUUUGAGUAACCACGAGAUCCAUAUCCGCAAGGUUUACAUGAUUGCCGAAGCCGCUCAACAACUUCCCAUGCAGGUCAAGGAUGCGGAGCGGCCGCUCCCUGAGACGACCGAGGAGGGCUUCCAGGUUGAUUCGGAUGGUGCACCUAUUGUCACCCUCAAGACUCGUCUUGACAACCGUGUCCUAGAUCUUCAGACGGCAACCAGCCAGGCUAUUACCUGGAUCUCUAGCGGAGUUGCAGAGCUGUUUGCGGAGUAUAUGAUCAAAAGUGGUUCCCGAUGGAUCUCUACACCGAAGCUGGUUGGUGCUGCCACAGAAGGUGGCAGUGGUGUCUUUGAGGUCAAGUACUUCAAGCGAAACGCAUACCUGGCCCAAAGCCCACAAUUGUACAAGCAGAUGUGUAUCGCUGGUGACAUGCAGAGUGUUUUCGAGAUUGCUCCUGUGUUCCGCGCCGAGGAGAGCAACACGCACCGACACUUGACCGAGUUCACCGGUCUCGAUUUUGAGAAGACUUUCAGCUCUCACUAUCACGAGGUUCUCGAAUUUGCCGAGCAGCUCCUCGUAUUCAUCCUUUCUCAGCUCAAGGAGCGAUAUGCGGACCAAAUUGCCAUUAUCCAGAAGUCCUACCCCAAGGCAGGCGAUUUCAAGCUCCCCAAGGACGGCAAGGCCCUGCGACUGAACUAUAUGGACGGUGUGGCGCUCCUCAAGGAGGCAGGCGUUGAUGUGUCAGAACAGGAGCGCUUCGAGAACGACUUCACCACUGCUAUGGAGAAACAGCUGGGACAGAUCAUCCGCGAAAAGUAUGACACCGAUUUCUAUGUGCUGGACAAGUUCCCUAUGGCUGUCCGCCCCUUUUACACCAAGGCCUGCCCCCAAGAUCCCCGCUUCUCUAACUCCUAUGACUUCUUCAUGCGUGGCGAGGAAAUCAUGUCUGGAGCCCAGCGUAUUCACGAUGUGAAGGAGUUGGAGGCCUCUAUGAUUGCCAAGGGCGUCAACCCCAACCAGGAGGGCUUUGAAGACUACCUUGCUGCUUUCCGCCAGGGCUGCCCUCCCCACGCCGGCGGUGGAUUGGGUUUGAACCGUAUUGUUAUGUUCUUUCUUGGAUUGCCAAAUAUCCGGUUGGCGACUCUGUUCCCUCGUGACCCCCAGCGUCUGCGUCCUUAAACUGGAUAAUAAAACUAGAGUCAGAUAAAAGAAUAAUUAAUUCGACUAUCUAAAUAUAUGGAUCUAUCA